UUUUGAGUUGAUUAAUCAUCUUUGUUGAGUGGUAGUGUUUUCUCUGUAUUCUGAAUUGAACUUGAACUGAGUAGCAGCAAUACUAAGAAAUAAAGAAGUGAUGUUGAAUGAACAAAGAUCAAUCUUGUUAUUCACACUCUUCUCAAUUCAUCUCCUUCAAUCAACAACCUCAAAUCCAAUCCCCUCAUACCCAUGCAAACCACCACACCACUCUCACUACUCAUUCUGCGACAAAUCCCUUCCUAUUACUACAAGAGUAAACUCCCUCAUCUCCCUCCUAACGCUCUCCGACAAAAUUCAACAGCUAUCGAACAACGCUUCCUCGAUUCCGAAUCUCGGCAUCCCUCCUUACCAAUGGUGGUCUGAGUCUCUGCACGGUAUAGCAACUAACGGUCCCGGCGUUUCUUUUAACGGAACCGUUAAAUCCGCAACUGAUUUUCCUCAAGUUAUUGUUUCCGCUGCUUCGUUUAACCGUUCGCUUUGGUUUCUUAUUGGAUCUGCUGUGGGUGUUGAAGGUAGGUCCAUGUUUAAUUUGGGCCAGGCUGGGUUGACUUAUUGGGCCCCCAAUGUUAAUAUUUUUAGGGAUCCUAGAUGGGGGAGAGGACAGGAAACUCCUGGUGAGGAUCCUAUGCUUGCUUCUGCUUAUGCUAUUCAGUUCGUUAGAGGUCUUCAAGGUGUUCAAGGAAUCAAAACUGUGUUCCAUGAUCAUCAUGAUCAUUAUCAUGAUCAUGAUGAUGAUGGUCUUAUGGUUUCUGCUUGUUGCAAACAUUUCACUGCUUAUGAUUUGGAGAAAUGGGGAGAGUUUGCUAGGUAUAAUUUUAAUGCUGUGGUAUCACAACAGGAUUUGGAAGACACUUACCAGCCACCGUUUCGUGGUUGUGUUCAACAAGGGAAAGCGAGUUGCUUGAUGUGUUCUUAUAAUGAAGUUAAUGGUGUUCCUGCUUGUGCUAGUGAGGAUCUUCUGGGACUGGUUAGAAACCAGUGGGGAUUUGAAGGGUAUAUCACCUCAGACUGUGAUGCUGUGGCUACUGUUUUUGAGUAUCAGCAUUAUGCAAAAUCUCCAGAAGAUACAGUUGCUGAUGUUCUUAAAGCAGGUGUGGAUAUUAAUUGUGGAACAUCCUUGCUUCUGCACACUGAAGCUGCCAUUGAACAAGGAAUGGUGAAGGAGGAAGAUUUGGAUAGAGCUCUUUUCAACCUUUUCUCUGUUCAAAUGCGCCUUGGCCUGUUCGAUGGAGAUCCCAGAAGAGGAAAGUUUGGCAAACUGGGACCUCAGGAUGUUUGCACAACGGAACACAAAACACUUGCACUUGAAGCUGCAAGGCAGGGAAUUGUACUGCUGAAGAAUGACAACAAGUUCCUUCCCUUGGAUAGGAAUGAUGGUGCCUCCUUAGCUAUCAUUGGCCCAAUGGCAACUACAAGCAAAUUAGGUGGUGGUUAUUCAGGAAUUCCUUGCUCCCCAAAAAGCUUAUAUGAUGGACUUAAAGGAUAUGCAAAGACGAUAUCAUACGCUUUUGGUUGCCGUGAUGUACCAUGUGAUUCUGAUGACGGUUUUGCUGAGGCUAUAGACAUUGCAAAAGAAGCAGAUUUUGUUGUUGUAGUUGCAGGGCUUGAUACAACACUAGAGACAGAGGAUCUCGAUCGAGUUAGUCUUCUUUUACCUGGUAAACAAAUGGACCUUGUAUCCCAUGUUGCUGCUGCUAGUAAAAGACCAGUGAUUUUAGUUCUUACUGGUGGAGGACCCCUUGAUGUCUCCUUCGCUGAAACAAAUCAACUAAUCGCAAGUAUUCUUUGGGUGGGGUACCCUGGUGAAGCUGGUGGAAAAGCACUAGCUGAAAUUAUCUUUGGAGAGUUCAAUCCAGCUGGUAGGCUUCCGAUGACUUGGUACCCUGAGUCAUUUACCAAUGUUCCCAUGAACGACAUGAGAAUGCGAGCCGAUCCUUCGCGCGGUUAUCCAGGAAGGACCUACCGAUUUUAUACUGGAAGUAGAGUAUAUGGAUUCGGGCACGGCUUAAGUUACAGUGAUUUCUCAUACAAAUUUUUGUCAGCUCCAAGUAAACUUAGUUUGUCUAGAAUCACCAAAGGUGGUUAUAGAAAAAGCUUAUUAAACAAGGUAGAAAAAGAUAUGUCUGAAGUUGAUCAUGUUCAUGUCGAUGAGUUGCGAAAUUGCAACUCAUUAAGCUUCCUAGUGCAUAUUUCUGUGAUGAACCUUGGUGAUUUGAAUGGAAGUCAUGUGGUGAUGUUGUUCUCUAAAUGGCCUAAAGUUAUACAAGGUUCUCCAGAAACCCAGCUUGUUGGAUUCAGUCGUUUGCAUACAAUUUCUAACAAAUCUAUUGAAACAAGUAUUUUGGUGGAUCCUUGUGAACACUUCAGUUUUGCAGAUGAGCAAGGAAAAAUGAUAUUGCCCUUGGGCCAUCAUGUUUUGAACGUAGGGGAUGUAGAGCACACUGUUUCUAUUGAAAUUUAUUGAUGGCUUGUAAAAUGUCAACUGUGUAAUUCUUUGACGAGUUGACAUUUUACUAAAAAAAAUUAAUAAUUAAAUAUGUGUUGUAAAAUUCAAUUUAUGUAUAUGUUUUCAUGGAUUAGGUUUAUUCUUUAUUGUGAACCCAAGUUUGUAUAGACAUGAAUUUGUCUAUAAAACAACAAGUUGACAUGAAUUUA